GGCCACAGUAGCUGUGACGUAACGGAUGACGCUUGGCGGCAGCGACCCACCAGACCAAAGGCGGCCGUGGGGCAGUGACUGAACAGUUGGCCUGCUGCAGCGCCUCCACGACGCAGCUGCCCAGAGAUGCGGCCCUGGGGCGCGGUGCCGUCGCUGUCGGCGUGGUGCUGGUGCCUGGCUGCGGUGCUGCAGCUGCAGGCGCCGCUGUGCGACGGUCUGCGGGCCCUGGCGCUGUUCCACUACCACGGCUACAGCCACUGGGUGAUGUUCCGGUCACUGCUGCUGGAGCUGGCCCGCCGCGGCCACCACGUGACCGUGCUCUCUCACUUCCCCCAGGACAACGCACCGCCUACCUACGAGGACCGCAGCCUCAAGGGCGCCGUGCCUCCCAUCGUCAAUACCUUCUCUAUCGACUUCGCGAUGAGCUCCAGCAUGAUUAAAUUCAUCUGGUUCGAGAUGCAGUCCUUCUGCAGGCCCAACUUCGAGCAUCCGGUCACCAAAGAGCUGAUCAAAAACAAGGAAAAGUUCGACGUCAUCCUUCUCGAGGUGUUCGGGCCGGACUGCUUCGCAGCCUUCCACCACCACCUGGGGGGAGUCCCAGUGGUGGGGAUGACGAGCAGUGUGAUGCUGCCCUGGGGAAACCCCCGCGUGGGCAACCCCGACAACCCGGCCUACAUACCCAACUACUUCAUGCCCUUCAGCUCGCGCAUGACCUUCUGGGAGCGCCUCGCCAACACGGUGUCCACCCUUGCCACGAGCGUCGGCUUUGACCUCUUGGUUCCAGGACCAGUGGACGAACUGAACAGGGAGUAUUUUGGGAACGACGUACCAAAGACGCUAGACCUGGUGAAGAAUCUCAGCCUUUUGCUGGUGAACAGCCACUUUAGCAUCAACUUUCCUCGACCGCUGCUGCCGAACGUCGUAGAGGUCGGCGGCAUACAUGUUCCGACAGCUGCGAAACCACUUCCAAAAGAGCUGCAGCAGUUCCUGGACGGGGCGCCCGGUGAGACCGGCGCGGUGCUGUUCACGUUCGGCUCGCUGGUGCGGGCGGACACUCUGCCCACCGACACGCUGCUGGCGUUCGCCGAGGCCUUCCGCCAGCUGCGGCCGCAGCGCUUCGUCUGGAAGCUGGACGCGGCGGCCGCCGCCUCCAGGGGCGUCGCCCUGCCGGACAACGUGCUCGCCGCCACCUGGCUGCCGCAGUUCGACGUCCUCAGCCACCCCAAGGUUCGGGCGUUCAUCUCCCACGGCGGCCUCAUGGGGACGCUGGAGGCGGUGCACUGCGGAGUGCCGGUGCUGGGGAUCCCGCUGUUCGCCGACCAGAAGCUCAAUGUGCCCAACAUGGUGCGCCACGGCGUCGCCGUCCAGCUCGACAUCAACCACAUCACCACUGACCAGGUCGUCGACGCCCUGCGGAAGCUCACCGCCCCAGGGUCUGAGUACUGGACGCGGGCCAAGCAGCUGUCUGCACUGUUCCGGGACCGCCCCCGGCCGCCGCUGGAGGAGGCGGCGUACUGGGUGGAGUACGUGGCCCGGCACCAGGGGGCGCCGCACAUGCGGUCUGCCGCGCUGGACCUGUCCUGGUACCAGUACCUGCUGCUGGACGUCGUCGCCUUCGUCGCCCUGGCCGCCGCAGCUGCGCUGGCCGCGCUCUGGGUCCUCUGCAGAAAGCUGAUCUCUCUGGCGCUGCCGUCCACGAGGGGCCCGCGCAAGGCGAAAGCGUCGUGAGGAACUGCACAGCUGACUCCAAGAUGUCACGUGCCGUGAGGAGCAGGAGACUAGUUCAUCGGUGUGCGGACAUUUGCCACGAUUUUACCUGCUCCGAAGGGUUGCGUCCCUUGCCUCCUCCUCCUCCUCCUCCUCGUGGCUUACUGAGCUUUCCGCUGUUUCACUUAACUUAGAACCAGAACCUCUUUGGAUUUUCUGCCACAUUUAUAGAGAGUGUUUCGUUGUGGAAACUAUUAAAUGCAUAUCGCAUUGAAAUCCGCACCAAAUUUCGAGCCUCAGUAAAACUUCGCCAGUCUUGGAGAUUUUGCGUUCGUCUAAAUUAUACUUGCCUUUUUCGGUGCUCUUGCAUCAGCUUUCUGUCGUGUUUUGUGUACAAUGGGGGUCAGUUCCGUCUCUUAUUAAUUUAUUUGGUAUGAAUCUCUCGAGUGCUGUUGAUACAUUUCUUUGAACUUAAGCCACAUAUGGUCUUCACUUACAUAGUUUGGAAGGAUUGGAGACUGUCUCUUAGAAAGACGUCAACCGAAUUUUUAGUUGCUUUUAUAAAUAGACAUAGUUCGCGUUUAGUUUUGGUGAACUUCUUUGUUACGGAAAUGAGCCUCGCUACGACUGUGUGUUCACUAAUCCCUGUAUCCGUCGUGAUGCUCAGGAUUAUUUGUGGCUAAGAGGUCAAGUGUGUUUUCGUAACCAUUUACAAUUUGAAUGGCCUCGUGAACUAAUUGUUCAAAAUAAUUUUUUAAAAAAGCAUUUAGAACAAUUACGGAAGUUUUUUUUCUAUAUACAAUAGGAUCUGAAAAUUUUUGUCAACAUAUGGAAGGUAGAUUGAAGUCACUGCCAGCUAUAAUUGCAUGAGUGGGGUACCUAUUUGUGAUGAGACUCAAGUGUUCUUUGAACUGUUCAGCAACUGUUUCAUCUGAGACCGGGGGUCGGUAGAAGGAGCCAGUUAUUAAUUUAUUCUGGUUAUCGAAUAUAACCUCUGCCCAUACCAAGUCACAGGAACUGUCUGCUUCAAUGUCGCUUGUGAGCUGGAACACACAUUACAUUAUUUUUCUUUAAUUUGUGAUUUUUGUUUCUGUUGUAGUGCGGGUCAUUACAAUUACGGCUUUUCCCUCCAAAACCUAGGAUGCUUUUUCUGUGACCCUGUAAACAUCAGAGCUAAACAAUGUAGAACAACAUUCUGUAUUACUUCAUUUCCUUAUCUCUAACAUUUUAAAACUGUAUGUCGACUUUAGAUGACAUGUCAAUCAUAGAUGAUCUUAUCUCUAUUUAGUGAACGUAUUUUCAGUCAUGUUUUGAACAUUGUCCAGCUACACUUUACAAACUAAUGUUUCGCCGCAAGGGAUAUCGCAUUUUAGAGAGUAAAUUAAUCUGGAGUAUGUCGUUCUUCUUUUCAAACAUUCACAUACCUAUUUCUACUUUCCUUAUUGUCUUUUGGGCAUACAGUUGUAGUAAUUAAAGUAAGCACAAAUGCAGUGAUCAAAAAGAAAUGAUUAGUGUACAUUCGCAUUCUCAUUACAUCGUUCCUUUCUUGUUGCUCUCAUGGCGAUGGACUGUUUUUAUCCAAAUCAGUAAGCGUGAAAGAAAGCUACCGUACAGACGGAGGGGUCUAUAUUUAUACUUGGCAGAAUUAAUUAAAUACUGACAUAAUGGUCGGUAUUGCUUUCGUUUCCCAAAAGUUAUAAAUAUUUCUAUUUCGGAAAAUAAGCUCUGAAUUUGGCCAAGAUGUUGAAGAAGAAGGUCCCUUACGUACUGGUUGUAUCGAGUAAGAUGUGGAGACGGCGGUUUGAAAGAGGUCAGAAGUAGUACGAGGAAGGGCGUCCCUUGCCUUAGGGAUCGCUACCUGGCGAAGGGGCAAAUGUGGCAAAUGUCCGGCGUGGCAAAUGUCCGGCAUUCAGUUCAUCAACUUCCGUGCUAUAUUUUUUUCUAUUUAUUUUCAAUCCACGACCGCACACAAAUAACCGCAUCUUUGUUUAGGUUGUUCAGAACAGUAUUUUUGUCGUCAACAUACAUUACCUCACACAUCACUCGCCUUCAGCACGGGGUUAAGUUUACCCAUAAGAGCUAUGCAUUUUUGGAGUGUCAUUACAAAGCUAAUGCAGACAGGUCCAUUCAGAUGUACCUUGGAAUCUGUAUACGCAUUUCAAGGGCAACUUCACAAUUUGUAUCCGAUAUGUGGAAUGGACAUGACACUGCAGUGCACACUGCAAGGGCCUUUCGCUGGUUUGUGGCAAGUGUCACAGCUAAGAGGUCGCUAUUCCUUUGUUAUAUUUUUUUUUUUUUUUAGAUUUUGUGCUGCACUUUAUUGUAGUGCCGAAACGGCUUCGUAGUACCCCGAUAAGUUUCCCAAAACCACGAAAUUAGGAGCUACAACAUGCAGAAAAUUAAGUAUUUACAUCAUAAGCAUGUUCAUUACUAUUUUCUUGAUCUUUUUUAGUCGCUUUCUCUUGUAGGCAAUCACAAAGUAGUAUUCAACAUUUUAACGGGUUUAUUUGUCGCAUUUUACUACAUUAAAAAUAAAUAUCAAGUAAAAGGAAGAGUUGAAUAAGUAUACAAAAUCCAUCUAACAUUGAAAAAGAAAAAUACACUUCAUUUUCUUGUACAGACACUCUCACAUAGAAGUGAAUUUUGCACUAUUUUCUUGCAGUAACUUGGUGGCUUGCAAAGUUCGUUGUUUAUAAGCAUAUCACGUUGAGCGGCAGGCGAGUCGUCUUCUGCCAGUGGCGUUAUCCAGAUGCGGUGUCGUGCGGCGCGGGGUCGUAUGUACGGACUUUUUACAUUUAUUCCAAGUACGGACCAUAUUAUUUUACACGAGGUAAUAAAUUUCGGUUUAUGAUGAUUAACUUGAAGGCCUAGAAAAUAAUAAGACAGAGGCGUUCAAUCUCUUCGAGCCAGCGACGUCAACUGGCGCUUGUCUGCACGCAUAUCUGUCGUCGCUGCACCUUGGUCUGUUAAAGUGUUGUACAAAGUCAACAUGACAGUUCGAAUACUUUGUAUUUCAUACUCACAUUCUUACAUAAAACGACGAGCCUUUUUGGCUUGUUACUUUCUGACCGUAUCACAUUUAUAUGUCGCUGAAAGAUUGUUUGGAUUGUGAUAUUUCUUACUACUUUGUAGAACUUCAAAAUGGUCGUCAUACAUUGUAAUUGACUACACGGCGAUUGGAAUAAAAAUAAAAGAGCUUUCUUAGGAUAACUGCAAAUUUUGUUGCGUUUCGUGUUUUCUACAAAUGUAUAAUUGCGAAUGUGGACUGAAAGUAAAUGGAAAUAUUUUCAGAUCUCUUGGACAUCACAACGAUCUCAUCGCUCGUAAAAAUGUUGGACUAGGUGAGAAAGAGAUGGACGUUGAUGGAACGGGAAACGUAGCUGCGAAUCAAUGCAGAUACUCAGGGUUGACGAAACAAACGUGUAAAACCGGGGUUUGUUGUAGUGGUCUUCAGUCCUGAGACUGGUUUGAUGCAGCUCGCCGUGCUACUCUAUCCUGUGCAAGUUUCUUCAUCUCCCAGUACUUACUGCAACCUACAUCCUUCUGAAUCUGCUUAGUGUAUUCAUCUCUUGGUCUCCCUCUACAAUUUUUACCCUCCACGCUGCCCUCCAAUGCUAAAUUUGUGAUCCCUUGAUGCCUCAGAACCUUCUUCUUGUCAAGUUGUGCCACAAACUCCUCUUCUCCCCAAUUCUAUUCAAUACCUCCUCAUUAGUUAUGUGAUCUACCCAUAUAAUCUUCAGCAUUCUUCUGUAGUACCACGUUUCGAAAGCUUCUAUUCUCUUUUUAACAACUUUAUCAUUCACUCGUUCAUAUAUUUCUCUUCUUCUCAAAAUAUUAUGGAACCUUUUCAUUUGUGCAGACUUCCACAUAUUUUGUGUAAUCCUUAGAAAUGUUGCACAAAUUGCUCCAUAAAUAAUGUAAAUCUCAUUUUGGAAAUAUUUAUUAAAAUGAUAUUAAUUCCCGGCGACUGUCUCCACAAAGGGAGGCCCUAAGCCACCGGGGGGACAUUCAGGCACUGUACGAACCAGAAUUUUCUUCUUAGUAACAGUUCACACCAUCUCCAUCUAGCGGAACCGACACAUCAAGGUAUUCUUGAUGCAAAGACAUUAAGUUCUUGAGGGUCUGUGUGGAUCAACAGUCUGCCCCGAACACUAAAAAUGUGACCAGAUGUGACGAUUGAUUAAAUUACCAUUUUUGAUGUUAGCGUUAACAAAUUAUUUGUAUUCAGACAUUUGAAUAAACUUGAUUUCCGUAUACCAA